UCGACCUGCUAGAAGACAAGUAGACAACAUGAAUGCAAACAUAUUGGAACACCUAUUUUACUCCAAAACCCUAAACCCCUCUCUCUCCGAAUUCUGAAUUUGGGAUUGCAAUGCAGUCUCUGAAUUCAUAUCUCCGAAAGCUCCCGUUGAGCUCAAAAAAUAUUUUGGUCGUAUGUUCUCCCUUCUCUUCCCCCUCUCUUUCUUCAAACCCAGAACCGAAGCUUGCUCUUAUCGAUUACCUCGUCACCUCCUUCAAUUUCUCCGAAUCACAGGCCCUCUCCAUCAUAAACCGCUUUCCGCGCGCCAAAUCCCCUGAUAAUCCACGCGCAGUCUUUCUGUUUCUCCAGAAUCUCGGAUUCUCCACCGCCGAUAUCCAAUCCACCGCUCGCGUCUUCCCCCAAAUCCUCUUCACCAAUGUUGAAAAGACCCUUACGCCCAAGUUCAAGUUUUUUCAGGAUCUGGGUCUUGUGGGUUCUGAUCUGGGUAAGUUCAUGUCCAAGAGUUCCAGUAUUUUGACGAAUAGUUUGGACAAAAAGUUGGUUCCAUCUGUUGAUAUUUUGAAGAAAAUCUUGUUGAACGAUGAGAACAAUGCGGCUUUGUUCCAGGUUUUGAGUAGAGAUAAUCGGGUUGUCCAAAGUGAAUCUAAACUGUCCUCCAACAUUGCCUUUCUGGAAAGUUGUGGAAUUGUUGGCUCUCAACUUUCACAGUUAUUGAAGAGGCAGCCUAGGCUUUUUUGUUCGGCAGAAUCAUCACUUAAGGAUCUAGUUUCGCGGGCUUUUAAUCUGGGAUUUUCGGUGGAUUCAAGGAUGUUUGUUCAUGCAUUGUAUACUGUUAGCUGUUUGAGUGAUGCCACAAUUGAGAGAAGAUUGAAGUUGCUUAGGAGUUUUGGGUAUUCAGGGGAUGAGUGUAUGGAGAUGUUAAAAGCGGCACCAGCUUUACUUAGGACCUCUGAUAAGAAGUUAAAGCAGGGAAUGAAGUUUUUUCUGUUCACUGUCAAGUUGAAGAAGGAGGUGCUUGUUGGUCGACCUUCGUUUUUGAUGUAUAGCUUGGAGGACAGGGUGAUUCCUCGAUAUAGAGUUAUACAAAUCAUGAAGUCAAAGAGGCUGCUAAAAAAGGAGCCAAGUUUCUUACGUACUGUGAAGUUGACAGAAGACGUAUUCUUGGAGAAGUACAUAUCCAAGUUUAGAGAUCAUGCAGAGGAGUUGCUGGUAGCUUACAAGGGUCAUAUGUUGGAUUCUCCAGAAAAACAAGACUGGGUUGGGUUUGUUCUUGUUCUUGUUUAUUCUUGGAUUUAUAUCUGUAGCUGUGUUUGUCAGACCAAUGAAGUUCCAAGAAAUGAUAAUGACUUAAUUAUGUCCAUUACCAAUUUUAGUUGUUCGGACGCUCUUUUUCCAGGUCCAGAGGUGAUCUGAAA